AUGAUAUUGAAAGGAAAUCUGUCACAACUGUCAAGCCUUGAACUCAAAGGCGUUUUCGAUCGACUGGAUAGCGGAAGACAGGAGAUAUGGCGAAUAUCGUAUCUUGACUCCAUCGUGGGCGUAAUGAUUCCGAAUAUGAUACAGAAUGUGAAGUGGUGUAAUGCGGUUGAAGUAUAUCGUCCUUCAGCGCGAUUGAAGGCCAUCAAAGACGUAGAGUAUCUGAUUCAUCCAGGAAAUUUUUUUCAAUCGGUAAAUAUGGGUCCGACAUUCGAAGUAGUCUCCGUGAAGAAAGCUGACGUCGCGAAGGAUCGGAGAUGGACUGUCGAUGUCGGUGAGAGUAGUAUUGAGAAGAGCCUCCAAGCUCAAGCCAUUGAUCUGGCUCGCGUCUGUGAGGAUCCGACCAGUAUUUUAGACACCCAGCCGGAGACACGAGCCCAAGAUGAGGAGGUAGCAAUUGCGGUAGAGGAAAGACGACUCUUGACGGCCUUCAUAUCUAAUGCCCAAAGGCGUCUACCAAAAGAUCCUGACAACUUCCAGACAUAUUUCGAUCUUGCGAGUAGUAAAGCUGUCGAGCUUGGCGAAAAGUUGAUCAUACGUUCACCAGAGGAUCCGGGAGAUGAUUGUCUCUUCUUCGCCAGUCACGCGGAUGCAGCAGCACACUUUCGGCGGCUCGAUGAUAUGAUUGCUAUGACUGUCGUAUGUGAUGAGACUGUGCUUCAAGACUUCGCCAUUAGGUCAAACGAGGCGUUUCUUCAAGAGCGGAAAGAGCUCGACCUCCAGAAUGUAGCAGUCACGGAUUAUGCAGGGACGGACGGCGCAGGUAGGCUGUAUACCACGGAACAAAUCUUGAGCCAUCAUAGACGCCGCGGCGAAGAACACAAUCUGCGCGCGGCAACCGAUAACAAUGCACCUUUCACCCCGCCGAUAAAUCUCCUUGAUCUUCAGAAUUCGGAGGGAAUGGGCUUGCCUCCGUGCCUGAGAGCAAAUAAGCGUUUCAACCUCCUUCACACGAUCAAUCAAAAGCACAAAGACCAUUUAGGAAAAAGGUCGCCACCUUUGGAUCUCAGCGGCAAUCGAACGUUCACCCUCUUCGGCGAAACAGACGCCAUCUCUAUGACCCAUCACGACCGGCACGGCCUCACCAACUACCUCACAGUCGUAACCGGUCUCAAAGCCUGGUUCUUCUGGCCCAACCUCACCGCCGAGGAAAAAGCGGCCUUCGGCGCACGUGGCAGAGAAGGCGAGGAGACGGGUGGUCAGUACUGGGUCGGAGGCUCACCCCAAUGCGUCCUUCUGCGCCCCGGAUGGACGAUCAUCAUGGAACCAGGCCUUCCACAUUUUGUAAUUACGUUGAAGACUUCGUUGUGCUAUGGGGGGACGAUGUGGGAUCGGCAGAAUAUGCCGAAGACUUUAGAGUGUAUCCGAUUUGAGGAGGAGUGUGAUAUGCUGACGACAAACGAAGAUCGCGCUCGUGAGCUGAGGCCGGCGCUGGAGACGCUGAGGAAACUUAUUGAGAACGAGAGAGGCUCGCCUGAGCGGAUGCUUCGAGGGUUGUGUGAUAGAAAAGAGGGGGAUUUCAUGGAUUCUUUGAGCUUUGUAAUCCAAAAGCUGAAGCGGAAGUCGAGGUAG